AGGGAGAGGAGAGCGGGGAAGAGGGCGUCCUGCACCAGUUUACACCGCAAUUGUGCGCAUUCCCCGCCGUUUCCCCUUCUCUUUCCUCUCCUUCGCCUUUGUAAAUCCACUCAACCCACUGCAGCGACACUCGACCCACCCUCGGGCUCCAGGAUCCACACCCACACGGCCUUACACUUCCUGCUCCCCCUGUAGUGCUUCACUCAAUUGUCCAUCCCGCCAUUAUCUUGCUCAGUCCAUGAUCUGAUCCUACCCGGCGCCCGCACCCAUCCUCCCUCCCCUCCCCUCCCCUCCCCUACCACUCUCCCUCCCAUCCUCACCCACCACCACUAUCCAUACCAUCUACUCCGACCCGCCAUACCACCUCCACACAGCAUGGCCUCUCCCACACUAUCCAGCCCUCCUUUUCGAUCCGGCUCUCUCACGGAUGAAGAUGAGAUCAUGGCACAGCACGAUUCAAUAAGCCUGCCCAUGUCUCCGCCCCUAUCACAAGAAUCACUCGCAUCCUUCGCAGAACCAGAACCGAAACCAGAAUUCAGUCAACCACAACAACAUCUCCACGACCACUACCAACAGCAACAAUCCGUCCACCCUCUCGACCAAGCCUCGCCCACAUUUCCCAAGAAGACCCUCAACUGGGUCAAUGCCCUGCCCUCUCACUUUGACACCGAAUCAUCUGGCCACCCACGGAAGCGACGCAGGAGAACCAACAGAGAGGAGCUCGAGAUCUUGGAGGACGCGUUCGCAAAGAACCUUUUACCCGAUGCAGCAACACGUCAGGAACUGGGCGAGCGCUUGGGGAUGAGUGUCCGAGCGGUUCAGAUCUGGUUCCAGAACCGACGGCAGACGUUGCGUAAAAAGUCGGUGUCCCAUCCAGGAGGGUCAGAGGAGGAGAUGUCGAGAUCGGACGUGGAGUCGAGGAGGGAUUCGCCCAGGCGGCGGUCUUCCGGAGACUCGAUCAUAUCAUCGUCGUCCCCGGUGCUGGGUCCUGUGAGCGGCGGCGGAAGCGGUCAGAUUGCAAAGUCAAAGUCUUGUUCGAAUCUGUUGGCUUUUCCGCCACCUCUUCCUUCGCAAACUGGGUCCCAGACCCUCCUUCGUGCAGAGACUUGUUCUUCUCUUCCGACAACGGUCUCUGCGCUUCCAUCAGCCCCAAAAGCAUCACCAGCAGUAAGAUCGGCUCCACCUCCUCCCGACGCACGGCCAUUGUCGGCAAAGCAGGAGAGCAAUCCAGAGGAGAUGCCACAGGAAGAACAGCCAGAGGUCGGAUCCGAGGUGAAGGUGAAAGCUGAGGUGGUCGAGUCAAGUCCGAGUGAGGUACUGGAGGCAGCAGCCGCAGCAGAGUGUGUUCAGGACAUUGUGGACAUCAAGACGGCAGAUCUGCACCUAUGCAUGCUACUGGAGGAAGCCAAGAAGCGAUCCGGGCAGGUGGCUGCUCCUGUGAUGGGUCUGUGGCCCGCACGCUCGUCCAAGCAUGUGUUGAACCCGACCUGUCCAGGAUCGUUCCCACCAACAACAACGACUUUCCCGACCCCGAAGCGAACCAUGUCCACGCCGUCCAUGCGCCCUUCAUCCUCGAACCAUUCACAUCGACCGCCGUCCGCGGUACAACAGCAUUCUCGAUCCAGCACAAAGACUGCAAGGAAGCAUCGCUCAAUGCCCGAGGCUGGUGCUUUUGCUGGCUCGUUAAGCUCAUGCUCACCUUACUCCAGGACGGUCUCACUCAUGGAGCAGGUCCUCAACCGCCAGCCACAUCAUCAUCAUCAUUGUCAUCAACAGCAACAUCAUCACCGUCCUGCGCCCAGUAAUUUCAAGCAAUCAGCACUUUCGGGCGCCACCAAGCACACAAUCGAUAGCGUCAGUCAUAGGACCUUACAAACAUCAUCACCUAUUUCUUCGACGGGUCUCUCGCCAGCCCAGCUGGCUCGGCGGUUACAAUAUGUGGUCAGCUCGAAUUUGAAGCGUGUACAGUCAGAAUCGGUGUUGUUGGAGCGACAACACAGUAACAACACCAACAACACCAACACCAACAGCAACAGUAGUAGCGGGCGGUGUGGACAGCCAGCGAUGAGGGCACGGAGGCUCUCGUUCGGGAAGUUCUUGUUCGACUCGGAUACAGAUGAGGAGAUUUGGGACAAGUCGCGGCUGUCGCUGACAAAUCAGCAGCAAGAGCUGACGCAUCAGGCACAAAAGCGACGGGCGGGCACGCCUGCGACCCCGACGGCGACGAUAAGGGAUCAGUCAGUGGACGGCGACGAGACCGAUGAGGAGGACUUCCGGGCGCUUGUGAACCAGCGUACGAUGAAGCGGUUUAAUCUAUCGAAGGCAUUGAAAUCGUCGCCAUCAGCCUCGCCGUCACCCUCGCAGAGGCAGCAGGACUGGAGUGGAACACACAAGGUGCCACGGAAGAGCUUAAAGUCAUCGCUGUCGACCUUGUCCUUGGCGACGUCGUCGCCUACGCGAGAAUAUGCACUGGAGUUGGAGCGGUCGCGGAGCCCGUUGACGAGUUACCCAAUCUUGGAGAGGAACCGGACAUGGUCGCCCGCAACCUCGGGUACGGCGGCGACGGUUGAGCAGAUCGGUAGUGGGACAAUGGUGCAAGAGUCAGCGACGACGGAGGGUAGCUCGACAGAGACGAAGGACUUGAAUAUGGAUGAGCUCGAAUGUGCGAGUGUGCUGGCGGGUCUCGGAUGGAGUCGUUGAGACUCAAGCGUUUAUUUGUAGCACUUCAAUUUCUGUGUUAGCCAUCCUUCACUCAAACUACUUGUAACAUCCUCCUGAUUUUGAACAUUAGCAACAAGAACGUGUACCAUAUUACCAUAUUGUCAGAAUACAAAAUGUACUCAAC